GGAAAAAUGCAAAAUUAAUGGCAUGCUCUCGAUUUCCUGUUAAGGUAUUGGAAACAACUCUCCCCCGAAUCAGCUUCCACCGGAAGUUAGGAAUAUUACUUUGACCAUAGAGGGUAAAGAUGAAAAACAAAUACCUUUGGUAAAAAGCGGCGAUCGAUUUGUUGCUGAAACACUUUUGUCAAUGAAAUUGCUCACCGAAGUAAUGGAAACGGUGUCGACUCUUAAAUUGAGGGUUACCCUAACAAUCCCUCUGUCAUAUUUUGAUCUGGAUAAGAUGAUAGAUCUGAGCCUGAAACAGCCUAGUACAACCCCAGCAGCUGAAAAAGUCCUGUCAACAAUAAUGGCAGGUGAAAAACCUCCAGCUUUUGAUUGGGUGAUUACUGUAGCUGAAGGGUCACCACGAGAAUAUUUUGUGCACAAAAAAGUGCUCGCAGAUGCAAGUCCCAUUUUACAGGUGCUUGUUCACACACAUUCAUCCCUUCCUAGUGAGCAUCUUUUAAUGAUAUCUCAUGAAGAUAGAUUUAUUCUCACCUCUACCCAUGCUGUUGACAUGAAAGCGGUAGCGCAUUGUUCUGGUCAUGCAAUAAUUCUUUACGAAGAAGCUCAUAUUCAGAUUCUGACAUAUCUUUACCUACGUCAGUUCAUACUUCCUCCAUUCGAUACCUUCGCUCGUGUUGGACGUACACUUUGUGCGCUUUUCCCUAAGGAAAUUAUUGAGAAGUUCUUCGAUUACUGGCAGGUCGCAAUCGUACGAGAUAUACUGAAAUUGGAUGAACUUUGACC